GUAGCGAGGACCACAAAGAUGCUGAUGUCCUAUCCUUGGGACAUGCCGGACACCUAGAUGCUAGAGGCUGCUCUUUUGCCAUGGUGGUGACAGCACUUGCCUUUUCCAGGGUAGGAGCCAGUUCUUGGAGGAGACAGGGCACAGGACAUGGAUCACCGUGGGGCCCUUUUCUUCUGCCUGUGCCUCGUGACUUCUCACAGUGUGACAGUGGAGGCAUCCCAAGACCUCCUGCACUGGAUGGAGGAAAUGGAGAUGGCCACCCAGAAGCGGAGCUUGACUCCUCCCCUUGCUGAGCUCAUGCGUGGCCUGGAGUGGAGGCUGCUGAAUGCCAGCUUCCCGGGCUACAACCUCACCUUGCAGACACACACCAUCCAGACCCUGGCUUUCAAGCUGGGCUGCGACUUCCCAGGCCUCUCGCUGAGCAGCACCACUCUGAGGCCGAUGCCCCAGGUGCGGGCUGGGCACGCCAUGCAGUUCCCCGCCGAGCUCACUCGGGACGCCUGCAGGACUGGCCCCAAAGAGCUGUGACUUGUCUGCAUCUACCUCUUCACAGCCCACUUCUUCCAGAAUACCAACUCACUUCUGCUCAAUAAUUAUGUCCUGGGAGCCCAGCUGGGUCAUGGGCACGUGAACAACCUCAGGGAGCCGGUCAACAUCAGCUUCUGGCACAACCAAAGCCUGGUACCUCUGGGGGUGCCCCCAUUUCUGUCUCACCUCUGCCCCUCUGUGGCUCUCCUGUUGAAACUAAGCCCAAACCUGUGGAACCAUCUUGGAGGCAAAUUGUUUCAAAUCCAUCACUCUUUGAAAAUUCCUGUCAAAGAAAUAAGAGAGAGAAGCUUUUCCUCACUGCAUUAGUCAGGAUUCUUUUUGAGUUACAAGUGAGAAGGCCACCCUCCA